CACCGACAACACCUUGUUAUCAUCGUCGUUUUAUAGCGAGUGCAUUAUACAACGCAGAUAAAUAUUGUCCGUGAUUUUAAUGUUUGUCAAAAAAGUGAAUUAAAUAGCUUAAUUUGAAAAUGGAUUCCAUUUCUUGGUACUCUAUUUACCUGGCGUCAAUAGUGGUUUCGAUGUUUGGAAUUUACUGGUAUUUUAUGGAAAAACAAAAGUACUGGUCGAAGCGUCGCGUACCAUCCAUCAAAAGCAACGUUCCAUUUAUCGGAAAUAUGUGGCCGGUAAUAACGAUGCGUAAAAGUUCAGGCGAAUUGUACGACGAGUUUUACAAAUCGAUGCCAAAGAGCAGUAUGGUCGGGCUUUACAGUUUCGGGGAGCCAGAAUUGCUGGUAAAAGACCCAGAAUUAGUGAAAACAGUUCUGCAAACAAACUUUUCAAGCUUUCAAAGAAACGCAAUGCAAAUAAACCCAGAAGCGGAUCCACUUCUGAGCCGCAACCCAUUCUUUGCAGAAGGAGAACGUUGGAAACAAGGACGUUCUGUGUUGACAAACAGCAUGACGAGUGGUAAACUCAAAAAUAUGGCACUUGCGGUCCGAGAUGUUUGCUUUGAAUUUAUUAAUUACCUAAACAGCCAAUUAAAGUUGAACAGCGGUAAAAAUGUUGAAGUUGACGCACAACUCCUGUUUGCACGUUUCACUUCGGGUGUAGUUGCAAAAGCUGGAUUUGGUGUCAACGGCAACUGCUUUUCUGAUGAACCAGGUAGCUUUUUGGAAAUGGCAAAAAUGAUGUUUGAACCUUCUUCAUUUUCUUCCCUCAAAAGCAUGCUCGUGAUGUUCUUUCCGAUGCUUAACAGCAUCCUCAAAACCAGUUUCGUGCCUCCCAAAGUUGAUCACUACUUCAGGAAUAUUGUAAAAGAAGUUUUGGAUGCUCGAAAAGAUGGCGCGAGAGGCAAUGACUUUAUCCAGCACUUGAGUGACACUUACAAAUUAAACGCAGAAGAGGCUGAUGGAGAUUUGGAUAAAAAUGACAUCGACCUUUCAAUCGCUGGACAUGCUGCGUCGUUUCUGGUCGACGGCUAUUUGACGUCCAGUUUCACGUUGACGUUCAUCGCAUAUGAAAUAGCCCGUCAUCCAGAAGUACAGGACAAGUUGCGAAAAGAGGUGAAACAAGUUUUGGCGAAGCAUUCCAAUGAAAUAACCUACGACGCUAUUCAGGAUAUGAAGUACAUGGAUCUAGUGAUCAAAGAAUCGAUGCGGACAGUUCCAGUGGCGCAAAUCCUCCAGAAAAUUUGCACUGAGAAAAGCAAAUUAGUCGGGUUUGACGGUGCUGAGUGUCAGGUUGAACCUGGUACUAAAAUAACCAUUCCUGUUCAAGCUUUGCUCGGAGAUUCCAAGUACUGGGAAAAUCCAGACAAAUUUGACCCGGAAAGAUUUAGCGACGAGAAUAAAUCUCAACAGCAUAAAUUUGUUUAUCUGCCGUUCGGGGGAGGACCCAGGGUUUGCGUCGGCCAAAGAAUGGCCUUGCUACAGAUCAAAGGCGCGUUGGCUGUUUUGCUUGACAACUUUCAGCUUAAACUCUCCCCAAAGACUAAGCAACCUUUGGUCUGGGCUCCUGCUGUUGCCCUCAAUAUUCCUGAAGGUGGCAUUUGGAUAAUGAUUGCACCGCUGUAAUAGAUGCUUCGACAAGUACCUUAUUAAUUAUAAUCAUAAUCAUAGUCACAGUUAUGUUUAUAAUAACAAUAAUAAUAAUAGUUGUUAAUUAUUGAUCUUUUUUUUAGUCAAUAGUUUUGAUUGAUCAGUUUUUCAAUAAUUGGUUCUGUUAGUGAUGGCUUGGUUCUGAUGAUUGAAAUGACACUUAAUUGACAGUGACAUGAUACAUAUGUUAGCUGGUAAUUUUUUUAUUAUUGACGAGAAUGAUUUGUGGAUUAUUGAAGUGUCAAAUUGUUUGAAUUGAUUUUUUUUAAUAUCAUUAUAUUAAGAGAAAAA